GUCCAGUGGAGGCGUUUCGCUCUGACGUUAAUCCGGAAGCAUAUUCGAAUAAACUUUUAAACGUCUAUGCAUGGAAGGUUGAUUAUUUCAGCACGGUUAUUCUAGAAGUAACAGAAAUGACCUUGUUGGGACAAACCCUGCGUUUGGGUUUUUCGCGGCUGCCGGCUAUCUUCUGGAGGUGCAGGAGAUAUUCAUCUGCUCAAACUGGAGCCGUGGAGAGAGUCAUUGCGGCGUUUCGCGCGGUCACUGGAGAUGAAGGCGUCUCCGUGGGUUUAGCGGUGAGAGAACAGCACGGGAGAGACGAGUCUGUGCACAGAUGUCGACCGCCAGAUGUGGUGGUGUUUCCCCGAUCCGUGGAGGAGGUCAGUGCUCUCGCCAAAAUUUGUCACCACCAUCGAUUACCCAUCAUCCCCUUUGGCACUGGAACGGGCUUGGAGGGAGGAGUCGGUGCUUUGAAGGGUGGUGUGUGUUUCAGCCUAAGGAAGAUGGACCAGGUGCUUGAUCUUCACCAGGAGGACUCUGAUGUAACCGUGGAGCCAGGCGUGACACGCAAAGCCUUGAAUGCAUAUCUGCGUGACACUGGCCUCUGGUUCCCUGUCGAUCCAGGUGCUGACGCGUCUCUCUGCGGCAUGGCUGCAACAAGUGCGUCUGGCACCAACGCGGUCCGUUACGGUACAAUGCGUGAAAAUGUGAUGAACCUGGAGGUGGUGCUGGCAGAUGGCACGGUCCUGCACACAGCUGGAAAGGGGCGUCGUCCAAGAAAGACUUCAGCUGGUUAUAACAUAACAAACCUAUUUGUGGGAUCAGAGGGAACUUUGGGUAUUAUAACUAAAGCCACGCUACGGCUGUACGGUAUUCCGGAGAGUAUGGUGUCAGCUGUUUGCGCUUUUCCAUCCGUCCAGUCGGCGGUGGACAGCACUGUACAGAUCUUGCAGGCUGGAGUGCCCAUUGCCCGCAUAGAGUUUUUGGACGACGUGAUGAUAAACGCCUGCAAUCGCUUCAACAACCUGUCCUACGCCGUAGCACCCACUCUCUUCCUGGAGUUCCACGGAAGUUCAAAGAGCAUGGAGGAGCAGGUGUCCAUCACAGAGGAGAUCACUCGGGAAAACGGGGGCUCUGACUUCGCCUGGGCAGAGGAUGAGGAGACUCGUGGGCGACUGUGGAAGGCCCGUCAUGACGCGUGGUACGCCGCCCAGGCCCUGAGGCCAGGCUGCAAGGCAUACUCUACAGACGUGUGUGUGCCUAUUUCUCGCUUACCUCAGAUUAUAGUUGAAACAAAAGAAGAUCUUAUCCGUAACCGUCUUACAGGUCCGAUUGCAGGACAUGUGGGUGAUGGGAACUUCCACUGUCUAAUGGUUCUGGAUCCCAACGACCCGGAUGAAGUGCAAAGGGUUCAUGGCUUCACAGAGAGAGUGGCCAGGAGGGCAUUAGAAAUGGAUGGAACUUGCACUGGAGAACAUGGAGUGGGUCUAGGGAAGCGAGACCUGCUCAGGGAAGAAGUCGGACCCUUGGCUAUAGAGGCCAUGCAGGGUAUCAAGGCCACCUUGGACCCCAAGAACCUCAUGAAUCCUGGGAAGGUGUUAUAAUAGAACACAAAAGUGGACCGAUGAAUAAAAUCAAGAAACAUCUGGACUCAUUUCAUCUCGUUUUAAUUAUAUGUAUGAUCAUCGUCAUUAUUACUCGCCCCACAGAUUGCAC